AUGUACAAAGUCAACGUGGAGAGUACCAAAACCCUUAUUGAAAUCGCGAAGGAAACUGGAACCCAAUUAUUCAUGUACACUAGCUCCGCGAGCAUCAUUGAUGAUGGCAGGUCCGAUCUGAAAAAUGCCAACGAGACCUUCCCAGUGAUACUCGAUGAGAAGCAACCCGACUUCUAUGUGUAUACGAAAAGUGAUAUCGGUGAGCAUUUCUGUGACGGAUUGAGCUCAUAG